AUGACUUUGCGACUGCGAGCUAACCCGAAUUGGGACUAUCGCCAACAAAGAGGUACCGCUCAAUGCCAUUUUGAGCCAAUCGUGAUCUGCGGAGUAGUAUUCAACAUCCUCGCCGAUAUCUCAUUACUUGGCUGGGUUCUACCCAAGAUCUGCAAAUUCAAACUCCAAAUCGCGCAACGCCAAAAGAUUCCUCUCCUCCUCAUCCUCGGCCUCAGUAUCCUCGUCAUAAUCGCAGGCAGUGUUCGUUGCGUUCGCGUUUCAUACGAAAUCGAGUCAACUGUCGACAUUCCAUACGUCAGCAACGAUCUCACGAUCUGGACCUCGGUCGAAAUGAACACUGGGAUCUUCUACGCCUCUGCUCCCAGUUUCAAGCCUCUUCUUCGGAAGAUUGCACCGGGAUUGCUAUCCAGUGCUUAUCGAAGCAAGAACACAAGUAACUUUGGGAACUAUGCGAGCGGAACUAGAACUGGUAAAAGAACGGUAACGAAGGAAGCUUUUAAGCUGAGUAGUCAGACCAAUCUGGGGACGACUGGAGCAGAGGAUAGAGCUGAGGAUAUUUGGACGGGCGGGAGGAAGCAUGGGAAUACGAGCAGUAUUAGCGAUAUAGGGAGUGAGCAGGAUGACAUCUUGAUCGGGAUCGGUGGGGUACCGAGAGGAGGUUGAAACAUUAUAAAUACGGUCAAGAUACCGGUUCCAAGUCAUGAGUUUAAUGGGGAGCAUGGAAAGACAAGAUUUUGAGCAGGUUGAAAUUGACAAGCUCCAUUGAAGAUUAUUGUCCAGUAUGUGUAUUGAAUAAUUUUCCAAGUUUUGUAGUCUGAACGAACACCAAAUCCAGAGCUUGUGAGCUGAAGAUAAGUCUCGAUGCUACAUAGUCGAUCAGUGUAGACUGUAUCCUGGGACUUCGCUGCGGAUAGCAUUUUUCAUCGUGGGUUGAUAAGCACGACUGUUCCUUGGAAUCGCACAUUACCAAGUUUCGCUCUGCAAUUGAGGAAAGGGGAAGAAGCAAGUUGAUACAUCUGGAGAAGCCAAAGCCUUCGUUCAAAAAGGACCGUUCUUAAGUAGCCCUGUGAGUGGGAGGGUUGCGGACGUGAUCGAG